AAGCACGUGCAUGUGAAGAAUUCAGACGGAAAGUUGAUUAAUCAGUGUGUUAACUGUUUGUGUACAUUUUGGAACAUCCUUAAUAUACUGCUAUUUAUUUCUGGGUACUGAAAUAUAGUCAUUUGUCAUUUACCAAAACGUAAUACAAAACACGCUAAAAUGUAUAGAUGGUACUAUUAAUGAAUAAAUGGAUACGUGUUCGUGACAUUUUUACGAGUGUGACCUGUAUCUAAGUGUGUUGAUGUACUGAUAAGGAAACAAAUGCCCAGUCAAAGUUGUCGAAUACGCCACACUCAACGGGGGACACGUCCUGGUGCAUAAUAACAGCUGCUUCGAAAUUGUUACCAAUCCGAUGACGUGGAAUGACGCCGAAUAUCACUGCAAAGCAAACGGAGGCCAGCUGGCGUAUAUCACCAGUCAGGCGGAAGAAGAUUUUAUGAUGAACUUCAUGAAAAAAGAAAGACUAAAUCAGUAUGGCUGGAUCGGACUGUCAGAUCAGGGUAAAGAGGGGAGUUGGUCCUGGACAUCGGGUUAUCCAUUCUCGUGGGCAAAAUGGUUCCCCUUUAGAUACAAUUCAGACAAGCACAACUCAGAGGAUUGCGUUGCACUGGUUCCCGCGAUUGACGUGAUCUUUGGUAUUCAUGCAAAUGGAGCAUGGGAUGAUCUGCAUUGCGAGGCCCUUAACCCAUCACUAUGCCGUUAUGAUGCCAAUCAGACAGCCGCUGCGCUUGUAAAUGACCUUCUUGGAUUGCUUUCUAAUCUGGGUCAUUCGAUAUUUGGAUAAAAACAUUAACUCCGAAAA